AUGCCUCGCGCCGGUUUCCAGGCGGAGCAUAUGAUUAGGGGUAGUUUUCUGACAUUGCAGAACGUCUUUGAGAUACUUGGUGAGUAUUCCUUCAAGCCCUUCCGGUUUAAAAACGGCCCAUGUUUCAGCUCCAUGCAGAGCGGUAGCUUGGACAACACUAUGAAAUAUGCUGCUUUGGAAGGAAACAGCGACCCAAGUACAAUACUUGGUGGAGUUCGUCUACCUCCAGACACAGAAAUAAUAAAAUAUACUUCAUCAAUUGUCGGUCCUAAAAUACCUGGAACUACAAAUAGGGGACGAAAGAAAACGAUUUCUCUCGAUCCUCCAUCUGUCAGUGUCCAUCCUACGCUUUCGGGCGGAAGUUUGCACGUGGAAAGGACGGCGAAACGUUCCAAACUUAGCGAAUCUCACGAUUCACCUACUUCACUAAAUACUUCCAAUGACAGAGUAGAAGUUAUUAAAUUAUCGCCGACAAACGGAAGUCCGAACAACUGCGGUUUUAGCAAUAGCGGCGGCGGUCUAGUCGAAGGGAUAAGCGGCGAUGCUCCACUAAACUUAUCAAUGAAACCGUGCUCUACGAAUUUAACAAGUUCUUCUUUAAACUCUCUUAGCAAUAUGUCGGCAAAUUUAGGAGUCGAUCGAAUAUCAAGAAGAAAGCCCGGUCCUAAACCACGAAAAGUAAUUCAACCUUCACACCUACCUCCGGCAGCACCGAGUGCGUCACUACAGCAGUUGUUUGCAUCUGCCGACUCGCCUAGGUCGCCUAACCGACUCGAUGAUUCGCUGUCAAAUCCACUAACAUCAACUAGUUCGUGUACCAUCGGAUCACUUCCAAUGCCCAUUCAUAAAGACGGAAGGCCUCGCAAUCUCGGUAGAGGAAUUAGUAAACCUAAGAAAAAUACUGUAGCGUCCCUUUUGGCUCAAAGUAGAGCUUUAGGAAUUAAACCAAUGCAAGUCUUAGAUCCGAACGCCUCGAUGAACCAACAAAUAUCUUUGUUGAAGUCAAAUAUAUUGGCGGCGCAGCAGUUAAUGGUCGAGGCGGGAGGAGACGAAAAAGUUUUCAAUAAGCUCUUGCAGGAAAAAUUUAGAGGCGCGCUUAGCGAUUCUAAUUCGAGUACUGUCGACGCCUCCACAGAUUCAGAUAAUUUAACAGACUCAAAUCACACCGAUUCGGAAAUGGAAACCGAUUCAUCCAUGACAGUGAAAAAGUCGAAACAUUUUGAUGAACGGGCGCUAAGGGUUCCUCUUGAAAAAGGUUGGAAACGUGAAACUGUGAUCAAGGCGUUGGCUAAAAAUGGAAACAUUAGAGGCGACGUUAUUUACAUCGCUCCAGAUUCGUCAAAUAAAUUUAAACAAAUGUCCGAUAUUACACAGUAUCUCGAUUAUCAAGAUAAUGUCGAACUUACAAAAGAAAAUUUUACCUUUAGCAGUAGAGUCAUUUUAGGCGACUAUCUGCAAGUGGUACCGUCUGGGACAUCUUCCGAGGGAAGCGAAUUUAUUCGUCUAACCGAGGAUGAAGUAAAUCGCAGAUUGGAAGAAUGGAAGUCGGUUACGCGUACCAAUUUAGCGGUCGAACAACGAAUAGAAGUGGCGCGAAGGCAACAGGCCGCGCGUGCGCAGGCCAGAAUGGAGAAGGAGCAGGCGAGGCUGCAAAGAGAAAUGGAGAGGUCGGAGAGACAAGAGGCGGCUCGGCGAGAGAGGGAAGCGCGAUCGCAACAGUUAUUAGAAGCUAGACGUAAACGACAAGAAGAAUUGGAAAAGCAUAGACACGAAGAACAACAAAGAAAAUUGCAGGAAAGAGAGAUGAAACGACAACACACCGCGUUACUAAAGGAGCAGAUGUACAUACAGGAGAUCAGUAAACAACGAGAAAUGCUCUACACUGUCGAACUGGAAAGGGAACGUCGAAGGCAACACAUAGCCCUCGUCAAAGCGUUGGAGAAUCGCAGAAAGUUGGAAGAAAGAGAACGCAAAAAACAGCAAGCGUUUGCCGAAAAACAAGCUAGCAAGGAAAAGAAACUAGAGCAAAGACGUAUCGAAUUAGAAAUUCUGACCGAGCUCCGAAAGCCAUGCGAGGAUUUAGAAUUAGAUCAAAAGCCCUUGCCAGAAUAUCAGAGAAUUCCGGGAUUGAGACUUUCCGGAAAGGCGUUCGCCGACGUCUUGAUGGUGUUCGAAUUUUUGCACAACUUUGGAGAAACUCUCGGGUUUGACAUGGAGUCGCUUCCCACUCUUGACUCGUUACAACAAGCGCUAUUGUACAAUGACUCGCAAAUGAGCGAAGCGGAAGAAGAAUUACUGUCGGUUAUGACUCAUUUACUUGUUUGCGCGAUUGAAGAUCCUGGUAUACCAAAUCCUGCAAGGCACACUACUAGUCUCGGGCAAACAUUGAGGCAAGCGGACAUCACACACGCCAAUUUGUCUGAAAUACUUAGGAUUUAUCUGUAUGCCAAUGCCACUGGUGAAGUCAAAGCAUUAACGGGUGUUCAUUUUGAAAGAGAACGUGAAAGACGAGUUGCAGAUCACCACCAAAACGGUUGUGAAAUGAUGCAAACAAUGCAGUGCGGCAAAAAUGUCACUUACUACGAAUUAUUGCACGAUAACGAUACAUGGAAAAUGUCGGAUAUGUUAAAGGAUAAACCAUUUUUGGCCCUAUCUCCCACGGAUAAGGCGGCCAUGUUGGCAUUCAUCUGCAAUGAACUUUUACAAAACAAAGCAGUCAUUCGUCAAAUCGACGCAUCCCUAGAAGGUGUCACACAGCUCAAGAAGGAAAGGUGGAUCAUGGAUGCUAAAAUCAGAAAAUUGCGAACGUUGCACAAUCGUAAGGUGCGUUCCGAAAAUGCAGAGAAAGUUCAAGUGAAAGUGGACGGAAUGGAGACGGCGGAAAGUGUUAUCGAUUUUCCCGUACCGCAUAAGGACGAGCUGUUGGACGAUGAAGAAAAUGAGAUAAGCGAAAAUGAAAGUCUCGGCACUCAGCCUGAGGAGGAAGAAGACAACAAACUAUCGGGAGAAGAGUUGGGAAAGAAGUUGGAGAAAUUUGUGAAACAAUCCGAAACUCAACUUCAAUGCUUGAACCACGCCUCACAUCAGUUACGUGCGACUUGCUACGGUCAAGAUCGCUACUGGAGGCGAUAUUGGUCAUUACCGAAGGGGGGAGGCGUUUACGUUGAGGCAAUCGAAUCGAGCGAUCCGGAGGUGCUAAAACAACAAGAGAUAUACGACGCAACCCCAGAAAACCAGAUUACCAGCAUCGAAGACAUUAAGAGCGUCGUGACGGAGGAUCACGAUGUGCACGACGAGGACAAAGAAGUGUGUAACAUUGUGGGCGAACAGUCCGAUACAGAGGUGUUUAGCGAAAAUGUGGAGAAACCGAACCAAAAUGAACAUAGGAAAACUCCGAAUAGGUUAAAUGUCGUCGAGAAUGGGGACGUGACGGAUUCGUGCGAGCAAAGCUUAGAUGAACUAAGGAAAAGUGUAGAAAAAAUUGUACAAAGUUUAGAUAGAAACGUUGAUUUUAACCAGGGUAAAAAUUGCGGUACUAAUUUUUGUGAUAACGUGAGACCUUCUUACAAUCUAGAUUUAAAUAACCACAAACAGGAAUCUCAAAACCAUUUAGAGAAAAGCAAAUUUGGUUCGGAAGACGAGCAGCAACACUCGAUCAAAAAGUUUAACAUCUUUGAGAAACUGGGUGAGUGCAUGGAACGCGAGAACAAAACCGAGGAGGAGUUGAAACUUGAGGUAAAAGCGGAAGUUAAGGAGGAACUUAAAAAUGAGAUUUUAAAUGAGUUAAAGUCGGAUAAAAUCGAUUACAAGCAGGAGGCUGACGAUAUUAAAUCCGAAAUGGAAGCGAAGUGGUUCAGUAUUUUAUCUAAAGACUGCGUAACUUGCGAAGGUUCCCAUUUAACGCAGGGCAAUCGAUGGGAUACCGGCGUCGGCGCGUGCUCUCGUGAAAAUAUGACCGAAUUGAAAAUUCCUGUCUUUCCGCCGCCGAGCAACUCCUCCAUGUACCUGAUGAACUCGUGUGAUAGUCCCGGACCUUUGCAGAUGACGGCCGAGGAAAGCGUCCAAAUGGAGUAUAUUAAGAAGCACGGUUUGCCUAAAUCGUGCGACAGGAAGAAAAUUCCACCCGAACAACGUUAUGGUUGGUGGCGGAUUAAGGAUACUGAAACACUAAAGGGCGUGAUAGAGAGCUUGCACGUGCGCGGUGCUAGAGAACGUGAGCUCAAGAGAACUUUCUUGAAUACAAUGCAAUGUAUGUAUGAGAAUCAGGGGAAGCUGCACAUUGAUGAAGGUCAGAAGGAGGCGACAGAACUAGGCCUAAACAAUGAGGAGGUCAAAAUGACUUCGGGAGAUGCACCACAACCCGACGAACCGGGUUGUUGGAGCCAAUCUGUCGCACACCGAGUCGAUACAUUCUUGUUUGAACAGGUGGAAGCGCUAGAAGAUAAGGUGGCGAACGCUAGCAUGCAAGUGAAAGGUUGGAGACUACCUUCUAGAGAAAGUCCCGAUUUACCCAUGGGUCAAUUAGUAGAGCUGGCAAAAGAUAGAUUGAUCUCAUUGGAAUCUGCAAUCGAACGGCGCUACUUGAAACCUCCACUAGGUGUUAGUACCGGUGAUCCAAAUUUAGCAGCUAUUGCUCAAGAAGCUUCAGGCGGCCCGCCUCCUGCUCAACUACCAAUAGCAGAUGACGUUCCCAAAGGAUUAGUGGUGUGGCGCGAUGCCGUGACUAGAGCACACACAUCUGCUCAAUUGGCAAUGUGCCUUUAUACCUUGGAGGCAUCCAUCGCAUGGGACAAGAGUAUAAUGAAAGCUGUGAGCCACUCUCAUGUUCUUACUAAACAGAGAGCUCGCAAUUAUAACACCAAGCUCAGUAAUUGUCAAUUUUGCCACAAUGGGGACAAUGAGGACAAGUUGUUACUGUGCGACGGUUGCGAUAAAGGUUAUCAUACAUACUGUUUCAAACCAAAAAUGGAUAAUAUUCCUGAAGGUGACUGGUAUUGUCACGAGUGUAUGAACAAAGCAACUGGAGAACGUAAUUGUAUAGUUUGCGGUAAAAAACAAUCCGCAACGAGUACACGUUUGUUACUUUGUGAGGUUUGCCCCAGAGCGUAUCACACAGACUGCUUAAGGCCGGCGCUUAACAAGGCGCCCCGAGGAAAAUGGUAUUGUGUGAAUUGCAUUUCGAAGAAACCCCAAAAACGGGCGGUUCGCAAGAGUAAUACACCUAAAGCGAGAGACAGCGAAUCUUCAGAUCACCCGCCUGCUAGUCCUGCACCCUCUCACAGUUCGGCAACUACAAAUGACGAUCAACAACCGAUAAAUGAUCUCAAUAGUUUAAGUAACGCUAGUUCUCCGUCCAUGCUAGGUAAUCGCAAAGAGAGAGUGUCGAAGAAGUUAAUUAAAGAAUUAGCGCCUUGCAAAGUGAUUUUGGAGGAUCUCGAGUGCCACGAUGACGCUUGGCCCUUCCUUUUGCCAGUGAACACGAAACAAUUUCCGACGUAUAAAAAAAUUAUUAAAAAUCCUAUGGACCUAUCUUCGAUUAAGAAGCGCCUGCAAGAUGUACAGUAUAAAUCCAGGGACGAAUUUUGCGCAGACGUUCGGCAAAUAUUCAACAAUUGCGAGACGUUCAACGAAGACGACAGUCCGGUAGGAAAAGCGGGUCAUUGCAUGCGACAAUUCUUUGAAUCGCGGUGGAACGAACUCUGUCUGUCGCAUAGUUGAGGUUUGUUGUAUCCGAUAAGGCCCUACAACCGCAGAGGCAGACCGCCAGAAACCAGUAACUAGUUUAAUUUAAAAAAAGACUCGAAGGUGUACGGAGGACUUUAAUGUACAAACAUUUUACGAAAAUAAUGUACUGAUUAAUAAUAAAUUAUGGUGAUUUAGUUUGUGACAAAUGUGAUGUUAUUUGUUUAAAUCUUUUUAACGUGCUUAAUAGGGAAUAAAAAUUCCAAUUUUUUGACAAACUUAGGAGGCUACCUGGUAGUUGUCAUCAGGUUUACUAUUGAUUUUAAUCUGUUUUUGUUUUUGAACUGAACUGAAACUUUUAUAAAAGCUGAUCAUAACAAAAAUCUUCAUGACCCAUUGUACUUGUGAUUUCACUCUCUAAAACAAUAUCUGUUGAUCCAUAUUUCGCCAUCACGUUUUAAGGUUGUGAUUACCCGAAAUCAUGCGACGUUUUCUCUCGAUAAUAAAUGAUAAAAUUGAUGGAAGAAUAUGGAUCGUUGUUGUUGCUUUUGUAAAUUAAGUGUAUUUUUGAUAGUCUAUUUUUUACCGAAUUGUUUUAGCAUUAUUUAAUCUUAUUUAUUGAUUGUGUGUCUAAUAGCUAAUUUGUUCGUAUAAUGAUGCCGUGAACUAGUUUUCUUUACGUUGUGAAUUAAGAAUGGCUACGGUAUUAAACUUGAAAGAGAGAUACCGCCGUAUUGAAUAAAUUGUAAAUUUUGUAUUAAAGCAGCGACCAGCUUACCGACAGCAGUACUGUCACGUUUUGUAGACUUUGAAUUUUGCUAACGUUUUAACAUUUUUUUAUGUUACGCCGCUUAGCUGAAUUACUUUAGUAUUAGCGUUAGUACUUAUUAAAUUAUUUCUUUUUUUUUUCUUCAAAUGAUGAACUUAACACAACUGAACAGUGCUCAAAACUGAGUUGAUCGAUAUUACUGAAGUAUUGAAUUUAUGUCUUACGUUAAAUGAAGUGCAUUUAUGCAAGAAAUGAACCUAGUUCUCAAACUGUAUUUAAUAAACUGUAUGUCUUUUAUAGACUAGUUCCAUACAGUACUUUCAUCAGUACUUACGAUUCAUAGAACUAGCAUGUAUUCGAGUGUAAGAUAUUUAUAUUAAAUAUAUUUAAUUAUAA